GUACCUAGUGUGGUCUGUGUACAGGUCACAGCACAAGUUGCCUGUACCUGGUGUGGUCUGUGUACAUGUAACAGCGCGAGUCCCGGGGGCCCAGGAGACGGUUACCCAGCCUAUUAUCCUUGAAGAAUUUGGCUGCUUUAUUUAAAGAACUACACAUCCACCACUGAGUAAUGGACUGUGAAGAUGUCCCAGACCAACACUCUUAAAUCAUGUCAGGCAAAGACAGAGAACCUUUAUGAUCACCAAUUACAGUGUUUGCCUCUUAAUUAUUCUGGGACUCAGCUCGAACUGGAAGAAUGUAAGAUUCGAGUAGUGAAAAAUGCAGAAAUGUCAAAUAAACCAGUUUCUUUGUGGACUGUGGAUGACGUGUGCGAGUGGAUUAAACUAAAUGAUCCAAGUCACAGCUCCAGUUUUGUUGAAGCAGUUAUUGGGCAUGCUAUCUCAGGACGUGUUUUAUUGAGACUCACUGCAGGAAAGUUGGAACAAAUGGGCAUUGACCAGGAGAGCCACCGUCAUUCGUUACUUCAGAAAAUACUGGGACUGCGAAUUCGAGAUGAUGUUGAAAGUCUUACAAUCUUUGAAGGUAGAAACAAAGUCAGAAUUUUGAGCACCGCUAACCUUUCUAUACUCACUACAACAAGAACAGCAUCAUUAAACUACUUGUGGGCUUCUGAACUAUUGGACCGUUUUUAUGUUAUGAAAAUUUCAAAAAGUGCAUUGUAUCAAUGAUUUUUGACUGAUGCAUCUGAAAAAUAUUUCCCAUUUCCCUUUAUCAGAUUGAGUAAAGCCAUGAUAAGUUUUUUUGUUUUUAACAAACUUUUAGAAUGCGUAUCACGGUUCUGAUUUGAAAGUUAUUACAUUUUUUACCACUGCUUUGCAAAUUGAAUUCAGUGGCAAACCUGUGACAAUUGUUUGUUUUAGGUGCAUUAAAUUAUCAAAAAGGUGAGUUAUAAGGAACAUUUUAAAGGGAGAGAGCAAGGGCGCAGGGAGGGAGUUUAAUUAUUUAAAGCCUUGCUAAGUGAAAGUGUGGUUUCCAGUAGUGAAACAAUUAAAAUUGGGGAUGACUAAGAGUUUAGAUCUUAAGAAAUGAAUAUAUACAAUAUCAGAGCAAUGUGUUUAGAGGAGAUGGCACAAAUAGACUCUUGUGCAACUCACUACAUUCCUGUCGAUGUAUGUGGUUGCCUCAUGAAAGUACUCGGGGAAGUAUUUUUUGGUUCCCCUCAAAUGGGCUUUGAGUUCUGUUGAAAAGAUUGUCAAAUAAAUAUCGUAAUUGUUUUCUGUGAGUGAGUUUCUCUGUCGCUAUCUCCUGUCAUUCAUCUACAUAAUGUUUUUGUACAAUAUGAUCAGAACUUAAGCAUGGAUUAUUUUGAGUACACAACUCACAUUUUAUGAGGGAGCAUAUUCUUUCAUAGCAUUUUACCCGUGCGAGGAAUGGCUUGUCUGGUUGAUUGGAAUUAUGAUGGACAGCUGAUAGUUUCCGAGAUUUAGACCUGAUUUGUAUUUGGUGUUGCAGAAAUAGGAACACUGGUGCAUUUAAAAAAAUUUAAAGAGCUACUUUUUAACUACAAUAUGUACGGUGUCACCCAGCUAUCAACUAGGUUUAAACAUUUUUAGUUAUGAAUGAGAUUUUUGCCAGUUAGUCUUUCAUAAUUUAUCAAACAUUAAAUUUGAUAAUUAAGAUUGAUGCAUUUAGCUGUGAUUUAUUGAUGGGCUAAUCUUGCUUUCUUUAUAUAUUGGAUAUAUAUUCACACAAAGAUUUUCUACUACUGCGAACAUAACUAAUUUCCGGAAGUGUAGCACUUACUGUAAGUGCUAUCUUAAACCCUAUCUUAAGUGGGUAUUGCAAUCUGAUAUUGAAUUAAAAACGGUGAUUAAUAACUUGUUUCAGAAACACUUGGCACUUGAUUUCCCAUGAUAGUGCAAUGUGCAUCAAAGAACUGCUGACUUGCAGCAAAAAGAAAUGCACCUCAGGGGGAGAUGUUUAAUCACAGCUGACAGAAGGAGGACUUUGAGUGUGCUGCAGCUUCUGAGGGCUUGCAUUUUAAACCAUAGUAAUAAUGCAACAUAUGAGUUCAUAUUAUUGUAGGUAAUGGUUAUUAUUAAAUAAAAAGAUGAAAAUC